UAAGGCCCAAUGAAUUUGACAUUCGAGACUUUUGGAGGAAUUGUGGACUUUUGAAGCCCAAUCUGUAUUCUAAUUCUCUGGGUCACUUCCCUUCAAGCUUCGCUAGGGUUUUUCGUUGGGGAAAACAGAUCAUUUCUCCGAAACAAUGGCGUCCAAAACUCUAAUUCGAACCGGAGCUUCACUGAUGAAUCGCUUUUUCUUAUCAAAUCCGAUUCUCCACCAAAACCCUAACCCGAAUUCUCAGCUCUUAUCUCGCGGCUUUGAAAUCACUCCUCGGCUAUUCCCUUCUCUCUCUAAAUUUCAAACAUCUCUUCAUUUGACCCAAAAUGACGCCCAUUCCUUCAAUAAACUCUCCAAUGAAGAGUUUUUUCAUCCCUGCGGUUUGCCUUCUCUUCGUUUCUUCUUGCCGGACGGUGAUUCAUCAAGUGAGCCAAUGCUCUUAUUCCCUAAGAGGACAUUUCAACCCAGCCUCAUCAGGCGUAAGAGAAAUCAUGGCUUUUUUGCACGCAAAGCAACCAAGGGUGGUAGGAAAGUCAUUGCACGAAGAAUAGCAAAAGGUCGGUCAAGGGUUACGGCUUAGCAUCGGUAGUCAUAUUGCUGGAAUAAAAAUUUUUGCAUGCAGAAGUUGCCUGUCUUCAUGAUAUGACGAAGCAAAUUAAAGAACUUCGCUCCAUUUUGGUAGCCCAGCCAACCCCUAAUGCCUUGUAGGACUGCAACGCAGUUUUUACAUCUUUCAUAUUUUUAGUUUAUGGUUACGAACGAUUCUUCAUGAAACUCAAGAAUGUUUUGCAGAUAUAUGCAUCUUGAAAUGGUCUCUGCACAUGCUUUGUUUUAACUGGAUCAAAGUCGCUGUUAUCUGUCUAAUUGCUGUUCUAUUUCACGGUGCAAGGAAUACUGUGUAUUCUUUUACCCUA